AUGUUCGGACACGCUGCCGUUCGCGCGAAAACGUGCCGACGCGCGCGAUCGAUCGAUUACGCGGCCCGUCGUCGUCGUCGCGCGAUCGAACGCGACAUAUUUUCUCGUUACCGCGCGCACUUCCCGGACGCGACUCGAUUUCGUCUCUCUCUUACGCGAAGGAAGAACCCCGUCUCUCGCCUAGACUGUGUGUGUCUCCGACCUUCGCCGAGGCCGAGAGUCGAGAGAGCGCCUCCUUCCGUCCGUCCUAUCGACCGGACGCCAUUGUUGUUGUCGGUGGCGAUACCUGGCGGCAACCAGAACCAGAAUCGUCGUGUCGCUAUCGUAGUCGAAUACAUGGAGUCAAUGCCAUACCGACGAGCUCGAGAAUCCAGCAGGAUGAAGAGUAAUCAGCGUCUCUCUUCUCAUGAAGCUGAGUCAUCUCCAAGAGAUCAAGACGCAGCUGGCAUGGAAGAACAUCGCGGAUGAAUAAAUUUUUCAUAGAUUCUGUAAUUAAAGGCGCUGGAAUUAAACAACAUUAUGCAUAUAAAUUAGCA